CACUUCCGGGUGCUGCGUCACUACGUAAACGCGCGGGUUCCGGAAGCUUGGAGAGCCCAGGUUCUGCUAGGAAAAGCCAAGCUUCCCAGAGAAUGUUUCAGGAACAGUUACUUGGAGCGGGGCGUUUCGCAGACUCCUAAGGAGGGCCAAAAAAAAGAAUGGAAAGAAAAGAUAGGAAAAGAAAGGAAAGGAGAGAGGGAGGAGAGAGAGAGAAGAAAGGAAGAAGUUCCAAAGACCUUCAGAGAAAGCAUGGCUUCCAGAGAUGAGAAUAUGAAGCGGACAAACAGAGUGCUAAGAAUAAGCCAGUUGGAUGCACUUGAACUAAACAAGGCCCUGGAGCAGCUCGUUUGGUCCCAGUUUACUCAGUGCUUUCAUGGAUUUAAGCCAGGGCUGUUAGCCCGCUUUGAACCAGAGGUGAAAGCAUUCUUGUGGCUUUUCUUGUGGAGAUUCACCAUCUACUCUAAAAAUGCCACCGUGGGACAGUCAGUUUUGAAUAUUCAGUACAAGAACGAUUUUUCCCCAAACCUGAGAUACCAGCCACCGAGCAAAAAUCAAAAGCUCUGGUAUGCCGUCUGUACAAUCGGUGGGAAGUGGUUAGAAGAGCGAUGCUACGAUUUGUUUCGAAACCGUCACGUAGCAUCCUUCAGGAAAGCCAAGCAGUGCGUGAAUCUCGUGGUUGGACUUUUGAAGCUGGGCAGGUUGAUUAACUUCUUGAUUUUCCUUCAAAGGGGCAAGUUCGCAACUUUGACCGAGCGUCUGCUGGGCAUCCGUUCUGUAUUUUGCAGGCCCCAAAAUGUCCGAGAAGUAGGCUUUGAGUAUAUGAAUAGAGAACUCCUCUGGCACAGCUUUGCCGAGUUUCUAAUUUUCCUCUUACCACUUGUCAACAUCCAGAAGUUGAAAGCCAAGCUCUCUUCGUGGUGUAUCCCUCUGACCGGAGCUCCAAGCAGUGACAGCACGCUGGCCACCAGCGGCAGACAGUGUUCUCUGUGUGGGGAGUGGCCCACCAUGCCUCACACCAUAGGCUGCGAGCAUGUUUUCUGUUACUACUGUGUGAAGAGUAGCUUCUUAUUUGAUGUGUCCUUUGCUUGUCCUAAGUGCGGCACAGAGGUCCACAGCCUGCAACCGCUGAAAUCAGGAAUCGAGAUGACAGAAGUGAAUGCCCUUUAGAAGCUAAAAUUGUUUCCUCUGAGGAGAGCUGUAUUUUGUCUAAAUCCUUAGCAUGAGUCAUCCUAAGCAUACUAUUUAGGUAUGUCUUACGAGGACAUGUGCUUCUCAGCCACUGCCCUCUGUUCCUUUCCAGGCACGACUAAAUUCUACUCACACUGGAAACCACAUGAUUCUAAAUAUAUGAUACAAAUGGUAACGUAUUAUUAUUUUUUUAAUCAUUGCAUUUAAUUUUUAAUGUCAAGAAUAAUGGAUAGUUUUUAUCAAAUGACCACUAAGAAUGCUCCUUCAUUCUACUACUUCCUGGAAAUAGGUUAGACUCUAAAAAUAAAAGAUUGUGAUGACUCUGAGAUGAGUGGGCAUUUAUUUUCAGAAAUGACUUCAUAACAUCAUAAAAUGACAAUAGUAAGACCUGUUGAUUUAAACUUUCAGAUCUGAUGUCUCAGUUGUAAUUUUAAGCUUUUCUCUGAAGCCAGCUUUUAAAGGAUUCAGUCAGCUUCAUUCUCAGGCCAAACGAUGGCCACCAGAAGCUCAAGACUUCCAUUUUACCAGCUUUCUGAUCCCACUGGCCUGAGAGCUUCUUGCCUAAUAGUUCUGGCAAAGUCCAGGAGCUCACCGUUAUUGGUCAGCCUGAGAUUAUGUGUACAUUCCUAAACCAGGAUGGAGAAAUACUGCUCCUGAUCGUUCAAAUUUGGGUGACGUACCCUCACGAACACCCCAUGAACCUAAAGCAGGACAGGAAGCAGUUCACCACCGGUGUUCUUAGGAGAAUGGUGGCCACCAGAAAGGGGGAAGCAGUAGAUCCCAACUAGAAUCUCCCUUUGCCUUCUAUAUCCCGGAGUCUAUUUUACCAGUGAUCUACUUUGAUAAGGACAUUAUAAGUAAAUGGUCAUCUUAGAUUGCAGAUUUGAAAGGAUGAAAUAAAGUUAACAAGAUUUU